AUGGUCAACAUCUUCCGCGAUCAAAUGCCCCGUCCCAUAGUCGGCGUAGGCCACAGCAUGGGCGGCUGUCAACUCGCCAACCUGGCUCUUUUGCAUCCCCGCCUCUUUGAGACUCUCAUUCUGGUCGACCCCGUCAUCCAAGGCAAAGUCUCCCUCAUCGGCAACGUCUCACCAGCCUUUGCAUCCGCCAAGCGCCGCGAGCGCUGGCCCUCGCGCGAAGAAGCCGCCAAGAGCUUCAAGAAGAGUAAAUUCUACCAGACCUGGGAUCCGCGCGUGCUCGACCGCUGGAUCCAGUUCGGGCUACGUGACGUCCCCACCAAACUCUUCCCCGACGCAAAAGCACCCGAAGUUACCUUGACAACGACAAAGCACCAAGAAGUCAUGACUUUCCUGCGCCCGAACUUCGCUGCCCAACCAGGCGAUACGGACAUCUCAUCUGCAGAAUUCACGCUGAGUAACCCGAAAGUCAAUCGUCGAACGCAUACAGACAUCACGCCCGAUGCGGACCCACAGGCACCCUUCUACCGUGGCGAAAGCACCAUCGUGUACAACCAACUCCCCUCCAUCCGCCCCUCGGUCUUCUACAUCUUCGGCGAAUUGUCAUUCCUUACCGACGACGCCAUCAUCGAAGAGAAAAUGCGCCUCACGGGCUCGGGCGUCGGCGGCUCCGGUGGCCGCGCCGAAGGGCGCGUCGACAAUGUCACGGUGAUGGGCGCGGGACAUUUGAUUCCCAUGGAGAAGGUCGAGGAAAGCGCGGAGCAUAUCGGGAAGUGGAUUAAGAAGGAUUUGGCGAGAUUUUGGGAUUGGGAAAGGAAGACGGAGGAGGAGUGGGGUGCGAAGAAGGGGAUUGAGAGGAGUGUGUUGAGUCCGAGGUUUAUGGAGGAGUUGAAUGUGGUUAUGAAGCCGCUUAUGAAGCCGAAGCAGAAGAAGGAAUCGAAGUUGUAG